AUGUCGAGCGCGAUCGCCCCGCACGCCCUGGGGGUCCUGGGCGCGGUGCCGUUCGUCGCGCUCACGCCGGACGUCUCUCGACGCCUCCCGGGCCUGCGCGCGGUGUUCGAGCCGAAGACGGUGGCGCGCGCGCAGAUCGCGUACGGGGCGAGCGUCCUGAGCUUUCUCGGUGGCAUACACUGGGGCUACGCGAUGAAUUGUCAGCGAGCGUCGAUGACGCCCGCGCAGAUGGCGACGCGGUACGCGUGGGGGGUCGCGCCGAGUCUGUUGGCGUGGCAAGCGAUGGCGGUGACGCCGACGAGCGAAGUCGCCGCGUGCGGGACCCUGAUCGGAGGACUCGCCAUGGCUGCCGGCGUGGACACGCUGUACGCCAUCGGCGGUGGAUACCCGAAGUGGAUGAUGCCCACGCGAUACGCGCUCACGGCGACGGCGUGCGCGAGUCUCGUCGCGACGGCGUUUCGAGGCGUCAACGACGACGGCAACGACGGAUCCGAGGCGUGA